AGUAUCUGACGCUCAGUGAGCGAUAUCGGGGCCUCAGGAUGCUAGCCACAGUCCACGAGGAGUACUGCGAGGACGAUGUGGACUCCGAGUGGGAAGACUUUGACCGUCUGGUGGAGGAGUACCGGGUCAGGCGACGCAACGUCCCGGCGUCUCCUCUGCUCGGCGGCGGGCGUCACUAUGGCCACCGCAAGGCGCAGGAGCAAGUCUUCUACCCUUGCCCUCCGCCUCAAUCUUCAGAGCUCAUCGAGGACAUGGACUAUGUCCAGACAAUGAUGUAUGGUCGUUACACCAAAGACCUCGGUGAGUACGCCAAAGAAGAGGCACGGAAGGUGAAGGCUCUCGAGCGCAAGAGGAAGAAGGAGGACCGUCUGCGUGACAAGGAGCUGCAGAAGUACCAGGGGAAGUGUGCGAGCAAGCUCAUAGCGGCGUCCAGUUUCGCGUGGCGCCACACGUUUGCCAAGCUGGGGGAGGACUGGGUGUUCCUCGCCCUGCUCGGGAUCCUCAUGGCGUUCAUCAGCUUCUUCAUGGACCGUGGAAUCAGCAUGUGCAACAAGGCUCGUAUCUGGCUGUACAAGGACCUGGCAACACACCCAGUGGUGCAGUACGUAGCUUGGAUCAGUCUCCCGGUGUUCCUGAUCCUCUUUUCUGCUGGCUUCGUCCACAUCGUAGCUCCACAGUCAAUAGGCUCAGGCAUACCCGAGAUGAAAACGAUCCUGCGAGGAGUGGCCCUGAAGGAGUACCUGACAUUUCGCACCCUCAUAGCCAAGAUUGUGGGGCUGACCGCAACCCUCGGGAGUGGCAUGCCGCUCGGUAAAGAGGGUCCAUUCGUGCACAUUGCCAGCAUCACUGCUACACUGCUGUCAAAGCUGGUGACGUCAUUUCAGGGAAUCUAUGAAAAUGAGUCUCGUAACUGCGAGAUGCUGGCUGCCGCGUGUGCCGUGGGUGUUGCCAGCUGUUUUGCUGCUCCCAUCGGAGGUGUUCUGUUUAGUAUAGAGGUCACCACAGUGUACUUUGCAGUGCGGAACUACUGGCGUGGGUUCUUCGCUGCUGUGUGCGGAGCCACUGUUUUCAGAUUGUUGGCGGUCUGGUUUCAGAAGGAAGCCACUGUGACAGCCGUGUAUGCAACCAGCUUCACGAUGGACUUCCCGUUUGACCCUCAGGAACUCAUCGUGUUUGCUCUCAUAGGUGCCAUCUCAGGGCUGGGUGGAGCCAUGUAUGUGUGGGUACACCGACAGUAUGUUCUAUUCAUGCGGCGGAACAAGAAGAUGACUGCUUUCCUACAGAAGAACCGGUUCCUGUAUCCGGGGAUCGUGUCGCUGGUGGUGGCGUCUGUGUCGUUCCCUCUUGGGCUUGGUCAGUUCAUGGCAGGAGACCUAAGCUCUCAUGACCAGGUAGCAGGCCUGUUCACCAACUUCACAUGGACCAAGGAACCCCUUAAUGUGCAGGAAUCAGACAUCGUAAGGCACUGGGCAACUCCUUACACUGGUGUGUUCACUAGUCUCGCUGGCUUUACUGUCUUCAAUUUUAUCUUCUCCAUCAUUGGAUCAACAAUUCCUGUUCCAUCAGGAAGCUUCAUUCCUGUGUUUAAAAUUGGUGCUUCCAUAGGUCGAAUGAUAGGCGAAGCGAUGCACCUCUGGUUUCCACAGGGUGUCCAUUAUGGCAGUGUGGUAGCCCCGAUCAUACCAGGGGGCUACGCAACCGUGGGCGCUGCUGCGUUCUCAGGAGCAGUGACACACACUAUCUCCGUGUCGGUGAUCGUGUUUGAGAUGACAGGCCAGAUCACUCAUAUCAUCCCCAUCAUGAUUGCAGUUCUGAUUUCAAACGCAAUUGCCGCGCUACUACAGCCAUCGUUGUAUGACAGCAUCAUCCUCAUCAAGAAGUUGCCAUAUUUGCCUGAUCUGCUGCCAUCCAGUUCAAAGAUGUACAGCGUGUACGUUGAGGAUUUCAUGGUGCGGGAUGUCAAGUACAUCUGGCAUGGUAUGAGCUAUGGCAAGCUGAAGGAGAUGCUGAAGGAGAACCGCAAUCUGAGGGGCUUCCCCCUGGUGGACAACCCUGGAUCCAUGAUCUUGCUGGGUUCUAUUCAGCGCUUGGAGCUCAUCAAACUCAUUGAGCGGCACAUCGGACGGGAGCGACGACUGCAGGUGGCUGCCAAGUGGCAGAAGGAAGCACAAGAAAGAGCCAAGGAGGAGAUGGAGCGAAAGUUGUGGGAAGAGUCACAGAGACAGCGGCGACCGUCUCGAUUUGAGGUGAUUCCUGCGCCCGACAUUUUGAAGCUGCGACAGCACUCCACCAGCGCCCUGAUCUCACCCAGUAAUCUUGUAGGAGGGGAUGCCAAUGGGUGCAACCCAGUGUUUGGCAGUCAACCAAAGAAGUCAAUUCUCAAAAAAACAAACUCCUUCACACUGCGCAGCUUCAGCCCUUUGACAACUGAGUCACAGUGCCACCAUACUCCAGUAGAGUGACAUCAGUUUUGACUGCUCGCACACAGGAUCCGCCUGGCAUUUGAUGCAAUCUUCCGGAAGUCAGCGACCCUCCAGGAUGUUAAUCCUGAUCCUGAGGUUGGAGUUGGUAGUGGUAUGGAUUUGCCUGUGGCAAUGGCAGACCUGACUGAUGCACCACCUGCCCCAGCUAGUCCCAGGACAUACAAGAAAGUGCAGUUGCCACGAGAACGAGUGAUCGAUAUGUCACCAGAGGACCAGAAGCAGUGGGAGGAGGAGGAGAUGAACAAGGGAGUGAACUUUGACAAGUGCCACAUUGAUCCAGCACCCUUCCAGCUUGUGGAGAAGACUUCCCUAUUGAAGGUGCAUUCCCUUUUCUCCAUGGUGGGAGUGAACCACGCUUAUGUCACGACUAUCGGCAGACUCAUUGGAGUCGUGGCACUCAAAGAGCUCCGGAAAGCAAUCGAGGACUCAAACUCUGGGAACGUUCCAUCACACCAGCCUCCAAACAUAACUUUGACCCCUCCCCCAGGCUCGGGGAUAAAGGGACACUUGCCUCUGGUUAGUGACCUUCACAGUAAUGAUACCAUUACAUCCAUGGACUCUGCUCUAAGCAGCAACACCGCAGCCAGCGAGACAGACAUAGAAGACAACGUGGACAAUUCAAGACUAUGAUUGUCAUCAUUUAUACUGUGCAUUUCAGUUUAAAAUUGUCAUGAUUAUCUAAAUGACUGAUUGCUGCCUUGCAAGACUGACAAUGUUACAAGGUAAGGGUUCAAGUGUAGCACACAGCUGUGAUAUAUGUUGACUCAUACUGGUACACAUGCGCUGCAAGCGCAUUCCAGAGUUGUCAGUCAUAGGACAUAGUGUGUAGUGUAGCUGUUCAGCAGAACUAUUGCCCACUUUUGUGGCAGGCUGUUGAUGCUUGUAUUUUCAGUUUUGAAUGCUGACUCGGUGUCACUAUUUCAAAGAAAUUAGUAGGCUGUAUCUUCUGGAAAAGUCCUCAGAUUUUUAUGCUGGACCAUGAGCUAUGGCAAAUGCUUGUGUUUCAGUUGGUUGAGCUAAAAGAACGUGUUGACAGAUGGCAGACAAUGGAAAUGGAAGUCUUGCUCAUCACUUUCAAAUUUUAGAAGGGAGUGUCCUAUGUAUCUUCACUAAUUUUAUCCCGUUGUUCCCUGUGUUUGUCUCUGAAAAUUAAGUUCUUGGAAGAACUAGUAAGACCUACUUUCCUUUUACCCUUUCACGAUCAGCUGACACUUUCAUGUGAGGAUUUUCCCAACUCCUUACUGCGGAUAAUUGGGUUCAGUCCAAGAGCAGUCCACGUAUGAUUUGUAGUGAAGUGCCUCAGAGGGAGGUUUUCCUCUAAGUCCUUCAGUUGUUUUGCCAUUCAUUCCACCAUCAACAGUCUCAUUCAAUUUAUCCAGUCUGUAAGUCAGGAUUUGAACUUGGGACUUCCCAAGUUACAAGCAAGAGUGUAAUUUUUAUUGUGUGUUUCAGAUUUGUAUUAUAACUUGCAUAACAUGCAAAUUAAAUUAUGUAAAAGUUACUUUAUAAUUUUUAAGGGUAUGCUUGUUUGUGUCUUUUAUUUCUAUUGUGUAAAUUGUAAUGUAAUUUUUGUCUUGUUACUGAUGAACAUAACAUGUUCUUUUACAUUUCUUACUCCAAUUUGACAUUUGCUGAGAAAAAAUACCACAUCUCACAAAUAAUGUUUUACCACCAGUGAACUCGAAGUUAUGGAAGGUGACAUAAAUCUUUGUACAGAUGGCAACAGCUAGGGCACUAGAAUUAAUUUUUAUACCAGAAAGCUUGGUACUAGACUGAAAGUGGUACCUUGCCAGAAGUUCUUAAAUAACAUUUGUAAAAGUCACCUUAUAUUGUUUUAUAUCUGUCAUCAUUUAUAUUCGUCUACAUCGUGCAUGUUUCAUAACCCAAUCAAAAACUAGCUGCUAACAGCAGUUCUGCUGAACAGAAAAUGCAUUUAGAAAUAGUAUUUAUUUUUAUAAAAUGAUGCAUACAGUCUGCUCUCAGUGUAUUGAGGGUUAUGUUAGAUACAAAAUACUCCAAAGAAAUUAUGAAACUUAGCAAUAAAAUUAGGAAUAAUUUACAAGAAAA